AUGCCUUGUCCUCGGCUGCCCUGGCUCCGCCGCCACCGAGCCUCCCAGGGCUCGAGCCCGGGUUCCCCAGGUACCUUGUCUGCACCCACGUCCCCUAGCAGAGGUGAAGAAGAGGACGCAGAAGAGGAGGGCGAUGGCACCCCAGCCGACAGCCCCAUCCUGCCCCCCGCAUCUCCCAUGGAGUGCCUUAUCUGUGUGUCACCCUUCGACGGCAUUUUCAAGCUGCCAAAACGCCUGGACUGCGGCCACGUCUUCUGUCUUGAGUGCCUGGCACGCCUGUCGCUGGCUACGGCGGGUGGCGGAGACGCAGUGGCUUGCCCCAUGUGCCGUGCGCCCACACGCUUGGCCCCGCGCCGGGGGCUUCCCGCUCUACCCACGCAGCCAGGUCUGCUGCCUCGCGACGCACGCGCGCCACCACUACGCCAGGGCUCCGUGCGCUUCGAUCGCCGCCGUGGGCUCCUGUACCUGCGGCCACCGCCGCCCUCUCCUGGGCCACGCAAGAGCCGCACCGUGCGUGCCCCGCCGCCUCCACCCCCACUGCGCCUUGGCCGCCCGCUGUCUCGUCGCCUAUCCCUGAGCAGCCCCACAUGGGCCUUCAACGCGGCAGUGGCGCUGGCUGUGCUGGUGGCCGCAGGCCUUGUUGUCUCUGGUGUCUACAUCUUCUUCCUCAUCCCUCAUGUCACCACCUCCGGUCUUGUACGGCCUCAGGUCGUAGCUCUGGGCCCUGAUCCUAGCUUCUGGCAACCACCACGGCCCACGCCAAUAACACCCUGGACCCACAUCUGGAUACCGCGCCCCACAAAGCCUGACCUGGACCCGGAUGAUACCCUGCCAGAGGCUACCAAGGACACGCCACAGCUUGAGGAAGCUGCCAAGGACCCAGUAGAGUCACAGGGGACCCUGGAUACACCUCCUACACCACCUCAGCAAACUCCAAAGACAGAGACUGACCUUGGCUGGAACCUGCAGGCACAGGAUGAUGGGAAAAUGGUGUAACUACAGUAAUAAAUGCCUCAGUGCUCCAGGCCCAGGCUCCCUGCCUGAAGAUAUCUGUGUCAUCCCGGAGGGCAUUAACAGAAAUCUCCAGAUUGGGGACUGGAAAGACACGAAUUCUCUCAAACUACUGUAACCAUUCUACAGGAAUCCGCUGAGAAUGUCUCUGAUUCCCCUGGCCAUCUAGCUGAAGGUACCCUGGCCAAUGACGGCUACUUAUGAACUACAUCCCUGUGUAGGUCUAGUUGAGGUACCCCUGAUUCUCUGUGGAAGUCUAGAUGGCCUCUUCCCUAAUGACAUCUAUACAGGGCUGUGUCAGGGCACCUUAGCCUUCACCUUGACAAGAUGCUGUUAGAAGCCCGCUGAGGGAGACACAUUCCUGGUCAGCCUGGGGAUGAAGGAUCUGGCCCACUCGUCCUUUGGACUCACCAGAAUGGGGCUGGGGCUCCCAUCUUUGGAAUACAAAAUUGUUUACUGUUCUGAUUGUGCACCUUGCUGCCCACAGCCAGUCUGUAAAUUUCAGUACCUGCACACCUGAUCAGGACUGUGUCUUGGAGGGACGGGGUGGCCUGGCUAGGGCUAGGGAUGGCUGUGAUUUUUGAAAACUGCUUCCCAUUUGGGAAGUAAAACCCAAACUGGUCUGGGAGUCUCGAUGUCUCCCCCAGACUUUGGUUUCUGGGACCUAGUCAAUACCUUCUGGGACAGUUGUAGUCAUCAUGAUUGGGAGAGCCAAGGCCUCCCUGUGGCUCAGACAGAAACAUCCAAAGCGGGAGGUCCUGGUCCUCCCUAGAUAAUAUGAGAGAUGCUGGUCCUGUCCUCGCUUGAACCCUUUUAUCCCCCAUUUUUCCCCUUCUCCAGGGCUCCUCCAGCUCUGCCCAGGCUUCCCUCUGUGCCUCAGCUGAAGUC